AAUUUGAUGGUAUUAUACAUUAUUAUUGCAAUUAUUUUCUCAAAAUUUAUUUUUGUAUUUUUUUUUCUCUCUCAUGCAUCUGCAGUCACGGUCUUGCUGGUCACAGGACACAAGAAAACUUUCUACAGUUUAAAUCACCUCUAGUUGUGGCUUAUUUCAAUGUUGACUAUGACAAAAAUACGAAAGGUACAAAUUACUGGCGUAACCGGAUUAUGAAGGUAGCCGAGAAGUUUAAGAAUAAGUUGAACUUUGCUGUGAGUAGCAAGAAUGAGUUUGCUGGCGAGAUGAGCGAGUUUGAUCUCACUGCUAAGGAUGAUAAACCAGUGUUUGGAGCAAGGGAUGAGAAGGGCCAAAAAUUCCGUAUGGAAGAUGAGUACAGCCCAGAAAACCUUGAAAAGUUUCUACAAAACCUAAUUGAUGGAAACCUGAAGCCGCACACAAAGUCCGAGCCAAUUCCAGAAUCUAAUGAUGGGCCUGUAAAGGUUGCCGUGGGAGAAAACUUCAAUGAGUUGGUAGUAGAAAAUGAUAAGGAUAUACUAGUUGAGUUUUAUGCACCAUGGUGUGGACACUGCAAGAAAUUAGCUCCUACAUAUGAAGAGCUAGGAAAAGAGUUACAAAAUGAAGAUGGGGUGGAAAUUGUAAAAAUGGAUGCUACAGCCAAUGAUGUUCCUCCAAGUUUUGAAGUACAAGGAUUUCCAACAUUGUACUGGGUGCCAAAAAAUCAAAAGGACAAGCCUAGAAAAUAUGAGGGUGGCCGUGAAUUAGAGGACUUCAUUAAAUACAUUUCUAAACAUGCUACUGAUGAGCUGAAAGGAUGGGACAGGAAGGGGAACAAGAGGAAAACUGAGCUUUAAACCUUUGUUGAGUUAGCUGUUUGAACAAGAAAUCAUUGUUUGUUCCAUAUAGUUGGUUUCAUCUUCAUUCCUUGGUGAACACAUACACACACCUUUGACAUCAUUCUUACUUUCUUGUUUUGGUAAAAUAAUAUUGACUGCAGUGAUGCACUAACUUGUCUAUUCAGACUUUCUGAUUUGGGGGGGCCAGUCUAGUAAUCAGGCUUGUGUAAAAUUGUUUGUUAAUUACUUGUCUUUAAAGUUUUUUCAAAUAAAAAAAAGUCUCACAAUUUUA